ACUCCAUCACAACCUCGACAAUCAGUCCGUUGUUCCCGCCACCCGUAUUCCAUUAGAGCGACACGCCCAUCUGCGUAACACACAAAUUGUGCAUCAUCCUUCCAGACGCCUGCGCGCAAUCACCAUGGAGGACGCGAAGUUCGUGUCUGAUCACGACAAUGACCAGCUUCCAGAGGCUGGUAACGACCCUGAUGAUCCACUACGCCCUGAAAUCGAUGAAGAGAACUCCACACCAAACCCCCCUAUUGGCGACCCCGAUCAGGAUAUGGAAGUGACGGAGAAGGAACCUGGGAUGCCUGAUCAGGAGGAUGUAGAGGAGGCUGGACUGUCUGACAAUGAAUCAGAACUAUCAUCAGUGGCUGAUGAGGACCGAUUGGCCGAGUUUGAUGUUGGCGACAUUGCCAUCGAGGAGCGCGCGCCGCAAAUGAUUGAUGACACCAAUGUCGGAUUGAUUGGUGUUCACAAAAGAAAACGUGCAGAGGGCGAAGCGGAGCCAGUUAAGAAGAAGAAGAGAAGGGCAGACAAGCCUCGCAGGAAGAAGAAUCGCGAUGAAGAUCCGGGAGCACCUGACGAUGCUGGCAGCAGGAAGAGCAAACGAUCUAAGAAAGCGGAGAGGAUACGAGGGGCCAGCCCAGAGGAGGAACCGGAGGAGAACCUCACACCAGAAGAGCGCCGGAGACGCGCUUUGGAAAGGGCCAUGGAUGAGGCAACUAAGGGAAGUUCAUCACGUAGGCGCAAGAAGGGCGAUAUUGAUCUGGAGCAAAUGGCCGAUCAGGAGAUCGAAGAAAUGCGAAAGCGAAUGUCUGCAGCUGCCGAGGCCGACAACGAGGGCCGCCAACGCGGUGAACCUGCUCGUCACAAGCUCAAACUCCUUCCCGAAGUUGUCACGAUCCUCAAUAAGAGUACCCUUAAGGAAAACAUCGUCGAUCCGGAAACAAAUCUUCUCGAAGCCGUCCGUUUCUUCCUCGAACCUCUGAGCGAUGGUAGCUUGCCCGCAUACAAUAUCCAGAAGGAACUAUUUGCUGCCCUAGGCAAACUCCCUGUUAACAAGGACACAUUGGUGGCUUCUGGCAUUGGCAAGGUUAUCAUGUUCUACAUAAAGAGCAAGCGGCCCGAGUUAGGCAUCAAGAGGCAAGCUGAGCGCCUUUUCACGGAUUGGACUCGCCCCAUUCUGCGACGCACCGACGACUACCGCAAGAAGGAGUUUCAACAGGCCGACUACGACCCUACGAGACUUCCUGUUCGCAACUCUCAGCCUGGAGGCAGUCAAGCUGCUGCCGCUGCUGCACGCGCCAAAGCUCUGGAGGCCCCCCGCGUCUUCCAACGUGCUCGCAUGGAGGCUGGCCCAACAACCUAUACCGUUGUGCCAAAGAGCAAUGUCAUCUACAAUGACCAGGCGAACAAGCGUUCCGGCGGUGCCGGUGAGGAUAUCCUCAGGCGGAUACGUAGCCGUGGCGGUCGAGGUGGUCGUUAAGCUCCAUUACUAGGGACUGACGUCUUUAAUUACUCAAAUGUAUUCAUAAAAUGCUUUUUUUGGCGAAAUCAGGAGAAGGGCGUGUCUUCGUGGAUUUGAGAAGGCCUACCUUUGGCCUUGAGGGAUCAGAAUGGAGUUUGUCAGGCGGGAACCUAGCAUUUCUUUACCUGACCUGUAUUAUCUGAGAGCAGGGUCUUAUACAACAUAUUCUCAAUCGAUAUGUGCAGCCUGUCCUU